GUGGACCGCUGGGCUCAAGUUUUCACCUGCAGAGGUGUCUCCAGCCUGCAACCUAUCCAACACAUAACGGUGGAGAAAGAUGGCAAAAAAUAGUGGAGCUGCUGCUGCGGGAGAGUCCCAGCACGGACAGAGGAUGAUUUUUACAGGCCCAGAUGGAAUCGGAGACUACAGGCCCAGAUCAAAUUAUUUCCCCCUGUACAUCGGUGUGGGCGCCUCAUCACCCGAGUCCACAGGAGACCUCGGAUACCUGUGUCGAGCUGCACCGCACGCCCCCCCCCCUGUGCCCAGGCAGGGCUACGUGGGGGAGGUGGGCUGGGGCUGGCAGCACAACCAGAUGUUAAACGGUGGAACGCUGCACAGCAAUAUGCAAAUUAAGAAAACGGAGUUUCGUUCAGCGCUGGAGGACAAAGCGACUCAAAGGUUUCAGAACGAACAAGACAGAGAACAUCCGGAGAGAAAGUAAACCUAAGUAUGGGAAACGAGCAUUCACACGAGAAGGAAGCCUUAAUUCACAUUACAGUGAUUUAAGUGAUUUCAAAGAAAUGAUAAUGGAAUAGAUGUAAACUAAAUGAUCUCUGUGAUGGGGGAUUAUCA